UUUGUAACAUGAGAGGUGCGACACGCGGUAGGACAUGCAAUUUUCUUGAAACCUAGGUUUUUUGUAAUCUAUUUCUCGUUUUACAAGUAGUGUUGUGAUAUAAAAAAAUAAGACUAAGGAAAAGUGGGUGCAUAUUCACUCAUAAAAUGGCUAGGUAUGGACAGAGACCAGAAAACGCUUUGAAACGAGCAAAUGAAUUUAUUGAAGUUGGUAAGCCAUCUAGAGCCUUAGAUACACUACAAGAGGUGUUUCGAAAUAAAAAAUGGACGUAUAGCUGGUCGGAAUCUGUUUUAGAGCCCAUCAUGUUUAAGUAUUUAGAUUUGUGCGUUGAGUUGAAGAAAUCUCAUAUUGCAAAAGAAGGACUCUUUCAAUACAGAAAUAUGUUUCAAUCUGUUAAUGUAAGCAGCUUAGAAAAUGUUAUACGAGGUUAUUUACGAAUGGCAGAAGAAAAAACCGAUGCUGCUAGGAAACAAAGUAAACAAGCAGUGAUUGAUAUUGAUGAUCUCGAUAACUUAGCAACUCCUGAAAGUAUUUUACUGUCAGCUGUAAGUGGAGAAGAUGCCCAAGAUAGAAGUGAUCGAACAAUUUUGACACCUUGGGUCAAAUUUUUAUGGGAAUCGUAUUGUCAAUGUUUAGAAUUGUUAAGAACCAAUGCUCAUGUAGAAACAUUAUAUCAUGACAUAGCUCGAAUGGCUUUUCAGUUUUGUUUGGAGUAUAAUAGAAAGACGGAAUUUCGUAAACUUUGUGAAAAGUUGAGAAAGCAUUUAGAGGACAUAAGUAAACUACCACAAAUGGUGUCCAAUGUAUCAAUCAAUAAAGUAGAAACACAACAGCUUAACUUGGAAACUAGAUUAAUUCAGUUGGAUUCAGCGAUUCAAAUGGAAUUGUGGCAAGAAGCAUACAAAGCCAUAGAAGAUAUACAUGGACUAAUGAAUCUGUCCAAAAAAAUGCCAGUUCCUAAAACAAUGGCAAAUUAUUAUCAAAAAUUAGCCAUGGUUUUCUGGAAAGCUGGUAAUUACCUGUUUCAUGCUGCUGCAUUAUUUAAACUAUUUCAACUUUCUCGUGACAUGAAAAAAAAUAUGUCUGUAGAAGAACAGCAACGUAUGGCAAAUAGGGUUUUAUUAUCAACGUUAUCGAUUCCACUACCCUCUGCGCAUCCAGAAUUUGAUCGUUUUAUUGAAACUGAUAAGAGUCCUCAAGAGAAGGCUCAAAAACUUGCAGUUCUUUUGGGUUUAAUGCAGCCUCCUUGCAGAGCAUCGUUACUUAAAGAUAUCGUACGUCUAAAUGUUGUUGGUUUAGCAUCAUCUCAUAUUCAAGAUUUGUACACUUGUCUGGAAGUUAAGUUUCAUCCUCUUGCACUUUGCGCACAAGUCGAUUCUAUAGUGAAAAGUAUUUUACAAGAUGAAACUAGCCUAUUAAUUCAAUACAUUCCAGCCUUGCAAGAUGUCACCUUAGUCCGCUUAGUUCAUCAGGUUUCACAAGUUUAUCAAACUAUACAAAUAGUUCGGAUGCUUAUUCUUGCAAAGUUUACGACAGAAUUUCACUUGGAACGUCUUCUCGUAGACUGUGUUAGAUAUAAUGAUAUGCAAAUCAGAAUAGACCAUGGAAAGAGAUGCAUUCAUUUUGGAGUUGAUUUAUCGGAAGCUCAACGUGAAGAUCAUCCAGAUGGUCCUGUUUUACAAGCAAUGCCGUCAGAGCAGAUACGUUGUCAAUUAGUUAAUAUGGCUACUGUAUUACACCGUGCAGAUAACGUCAUUAACCCAAACAAAAAAAAACAAGAACGGGAAAAGUUACGAUCUCUCAUGGUGAGUUACUAUCAUGAAACCAAGGUCAAAGAACAUCAACGUAUACUUGGUAGACAUAAAAUAAUUGAAGAAAGGAAAGAAUACAUCGAACACAUGAAUUUUGUUCGAGAAGAAGAAGAAAUGAGACGUCAAGAGGAGUUGCAAAGACAACAGCUACUUGCUGAACAAAAACGUUUAGAACAAGAACGUGAAGAACGAGAACUUAAACGGCAGAAAUCAGAAGUUCAACAGAUUAGAGAUCGUACCCAUAAAGAAAAAGUCGAACAAAUUUCCCGAACGAGUCAUGGUAAAAAAGUUUUAAAAAAAUUAGAUGAAGAUGAAGUAAAAAAACUUGAUGCUGAGCAACUAGCAGCACGUGGAGUAGAAGAACUACAGAAAGAGCGGAAACAAAAAUUGAAGUCACAAGAAAAAAAAGUAGAUUACCUUGAACGAGCAAAACGUUGGGAAGAGAUCCCAUUACUUGAAAAAGCCAUGGAAGAAAAACUUGAACUUGCUAAACAACGUUGGGACCAGCAAGAAACUGAAAGAAUUCAAGCUGCCAUCGAAGAACGCAAUCAAGCCGUGGCUACACGUGAGCGCUUAUCCCGAAUGAAAGUAGAUGUACAUAUUUUUCUGGACAAAAUUCUUGCUGAACGAAAGAAUGUUUAUCUAGAAAAAUUACGAGACUUUGAGCUCAUAGUAAAUCGAGAACGUGCCAGUCGUUUGCUAAAACGCAAGCUACAAAGAAAAGUAGAGAAAAAACUACAAUGGGAAAAAAACUUAUCUGAUAUGGCUGAGAAAAAAAGAUUGGAAGAAUUACGUGCUCGACAAGAAGAGGAAAGAAAACGUAUGGAAGAAGAAAGAGCUAAGCGUGAGGAAGAAGAGAGGAUCAGAAAAGCAAAAGAAGAAGUUAAAGAAGCUGAGCGUUUAGCUAAACUAGAAAAGCAAGCAGAAAUAAAAAAACAGAAAGAACUAGAAAUUGAAAGAAAAUUGGAAGAAGAAAGUUUAAGAAGUUCAGAACGACAGCAUACAAGUUGGAGAAUGCAACAAAAUGACGUUUCAUGGCGCAGUGCAAAAGAUGAUAAUGUAAAAGAUGUCUCUGAUCGUAAAGAUCACGGAAUCGAUCGAAAAUUUGAGAAAAAUCUUAUUAACUCUGGAUCAUGGCAUGAAAAUCGAGAUACCCGACGUUCUGAUUUUUCAAGAGGUAGAGAUGAUCGCAUUAGGAAUCCUGAACGACGGAGUUUUAAUGUAGAAGAAUCAAGGUCCUCCAUCGAAAACUGGCGAAACAUUUCAAAUGUUUCCAAGGAUAUAAAAAAAGAAUUUAGUGUCAAAGAACGAGAAAAAUUUGUAGCAGCUAUUACACAAACUGUACACGAGCUAAAAGUAGCUGUAGCCAGCAAUCGUAAGUGGCAGCUCCUACAACUUACGAACUCUGGAUCAUGGCAUGAAAAUCGAGAUACCCGACGUUCUGAUUUUUCAAGAGGUAGAGAUGAUCGCAUUAGGAAUCCUGAACGACGGAGUUUUAAUGUAGAAGAAUCAAGGUCCUCCAUCGAAAACUGGCGAAACAUUUCAAAUGUUUCCAAGGAUAUAAAAAAAGAAUUUAGUGUCAAAGAACGAGAAAAAAAUGAAAACCAAUGUCAAGGCUCGAGCUCCGUAAGUGAAGAUAAAGAAUCGCCAAAUCCAAUGAACGAAGAAGCUGGGGGAUGGUCAAAAGUACUCAAUCGGCGCUAAUUCAAUAUAA